AUGUCCAGUGCAAAUGAUCCCAAUCUUCUAGUUACUUGUAGUAAUGAAAAACCAAAUGAAGAAGUAAACAAUAAUCUGGAUGCAGAAGAAUAUCCAUCAGUUGAUACAGAUGAAGGUAGAGAACCAACAGAGCAAGAAAUGUCAACAUUAAGACAUGUUUCAUCGUCCAUCCCGUUAAGUUGUUGGUUGGUUGCCAUCGUUGAAUUAGCAGAAAGAUUUUCAUAUUUUGGAUUAGCUGCCCCUUUUCAAAAUUAUAUGCAACGUACUCAGACUGAGUCUCCUAAAGGUAUGUUAGGUUUAGGUCAGCAAGGUGCUACCGCCAUAUCUUACUUUUUUCAAUUCUGGUGUUAUGUAACACCAAUUUUUGGUGGAUGGUUAGCAGAUACGUAUUUUGGGAAAUUUAAAACCAUUAGUAUAUUUUGUGGAGUAUAUAUUGUUGGAAUUUUCUUGUUAUUUGUAACUUCAAUUCCAUCAAUAUCAUCACCUAAAAUUGCAUUAGGUGGAUUUAUCACCGCAAUUAUUAUCAUUGGUCUUGCAACAGGAGGUGUUAAAUCUAAUGUUGCUCCAUUAAUUGCAGAUCAGGUUCCCAAAACAAAGCCAUACAUCAAAGUUACUAAAAAAGGAGAAAGAGUUAUCGUUGAUCCUAAUGUUACAAUUCAACGUGUAUUCAUGUUUUUUUAUAUGAUGGUCAAUAUUGGUUCAUUAUCGGUCAUUGCAACUGCUCAAUUGGAAUUACAUGUUGGAUUUUGGGCAGCUUAUUUACUUCCAUUUUUAGUUUUCUUUAUCGCUAUAGCGACUUUAUUCCUUGGUAGGAAGAAAUAUAUUAAAACACCAGUUGGUGAUAGAAUCAUUGCUAAAACAUUUGCUUGUGCUUGGGUUGGUAUUAAAAAUAAAUUUGAUUUAGAUGCUGCUAAACCUUCAUUACAUCCUGAUAAGAAAUUUUGGUGGGAUGAUCAUUUUGUUGAAGAAGUUAGAAGAGCUACUUGCGCAUGUGGUGUGUUUGCAUUUUAUCCAAUCUUCUGGACUAUUUAUUCAUCUAUCAAUAAUAAUCAAAUUUCUGUUGCUGCAAAUAUGGAAUUAAAUGGACUAAGCAAUAGUUUAAUGACCUGUUGGAAUGGUAUUGCUAUUAUUAUAUUUAUUCCGAUUAUUGAUAAAUUUUUCUAUCCUUUUAUAAGAAGAUUCACACCAAUGAAACCUAUUUCCCGUAUAACUAUUGGAUUCUUUUUUGCUUCUGCAGCAAUGAUCUAUUCAGCAGUGUUGCAACAUUUCAUUUAUAAAGCUGGCCCAUGUUAUGAUCAACCAAGAGCUUGUUCACCGGAAUAUACCGAUGUACCUAAUAGAAUUCAUAUUGCUAUUCAAGUACCAGUAUAUGUAUUAGUAGCAAUGGCAGAAAUAUUUGGUGCAAUUACCGGUCUUGAAUAUGCUUAUAGUAAAUCUCCAGCAUCAAUGAAAUCAUUCACAACUUCAAUAUAUUUACUUACUAAUGCUGGUGGUGCAUUGAUUGGAAUGGCAUUAGCUUCAACUGCAAAAGAUCCAAUUAUUAUUUGGAACUUCACAGGUUUGGGAAUAGCUGCAUUUGUUAUUGGUGUGGUAUUUUAUGCCAUUUUUAGAAAAUAUAACAAAUUGGAAAGUCAACAACAAUCAUUGGAUUAUAAAGAAGAAACAGAUCUUCAAACAGUUUCAUCUUAUGCUCAAUCAGCCAAAGGUGUCUAA